AUGGCACUCAGCCGUCGCCCUGAGCUGCUGCUGAUUUGCCUGGCUUUCCUGGUCGCCUAUGGCGUGCACCGUGGCCUAUCCCCCAGUGCCUGGCACGCUGCCUGGCGUGCCGCGGCGGAGCAGCGCUGGAACGACAGUCGGAGCACAGGCUCCGGGGCCGCCGGGGCCUGGCGCAGGUGGAACGAGACCAGGCAGUUCCUGGAGGUGGAAAUUACCACCAUCAGCACCAGCAGCACCUCAAAAACUGAGGGAAUCACCAAAGAUGCACCUGGCAUAUCUACCACUUGGGCGACGACAGUUGCAGGUCAUGUGGCUGGCUCAACAAUGGGGAGAUCAGGGGUUGGGAUGCCCACAGAGUUGGGACACCUGUCUGCUCGGCUGCAAAGCUUCUUGGAGCCCAUAUUGCACCCACAAGGCAGAUGGGUUCAGGUGUCUGGAGACUGGAUUUGGAAGGAUGCCAAGAUGAGGCAGUGGAAUGCCUCCUUGAAAAGUCUCCAGUGGAAUGCCUCCCAGCUGGUGCCCACUGCGUGGUAUGGCAGCUCCUUCCUGAGGGAAUUGUACCUGGAAUUGGAGCGGCUGCAGCAUGGCAUCCUGACGCGUCUGGACUGCGCAAUGCCUCCGGGGCCUCUGCGAAACGUCUACCCCCCGCUCUGCCGCCUGUCCCCAGAAGGCUGGCACGCCAUGGAUGCCAAGUAUCCGGCCCGGGACGGGGCGAAGUGCCUGCCGCUGCAGUAUUCGCAAAGCUUGGGCAGCAUGAGCGCGUGUCACUUUGGGAAUUCGCUUUGGCAACAGAAAUGUCAGAGCUGGAUGGGGUUGGAGGGCAUUGACCUGAACUUAUGUGGGCCACCAGGUUUUCGCUUGAACGCUCAGAUGCAGCUGGCCAUUGGUUUCAAGACUGUGCUGCACUCACCCAGGGCGGACGAACUCUUUUUGAAACGUCUGGAAGAGGCGAAGAUGCGUUCUGCUGACAUUGCAAUCGUGGAGUUGGGUACUGCAUGGGGUCCAAGGGGUACGCGCCAGCCUACUGGGGAAGGGGAGUUGCAGUUGCCCAGCUUGACGGUGGAGGAGGAGAUUCAUUAUUAUGUACACUGGGUGCAUGCCGUCGCUUUUCCGAAUCGCCUAGUUCUGUGGCUCUCUGCAUGUGGUUGCGCGCAGGGUGGCAUUCCAAAUCAGCGUCAAUUGAUGAAAGAGAUGUGGCGAGAGGUGCAAAGUCACUACAAAGAUGCUGCAGUUUUAGUAGAUAAAUGCGUGCUGGCCGACGCGGAAUAUGGCUUUGAGACUGGGCAUGGUUGCAAAGGGCCUCUGCUAAAUGCCUUAGCACAGAUGUUGCAUGCAACAUUGCUUCAGCUUGAAGAAAAGUUGGUUGCCUUUGCACAGCCGCAGCCCUGGAGUCUAUUUGGUGGUGAACGGGAGCUAAGGAGCUAUGAUGGUGUCUUACAUAUUACGCUUGUGGAGGGCACACUCACUCAGGACUCCAAGCGUUUAGCGGCGCUGUCACCGCUGCCGCUCCAAGCGGGGGCCUGCUUCUGCGUGGUCAGUUGCAACGACCUCACCUGCCGCACCGUGGCCAGAAAGCCGCAGAAGAGCCAGGAGACACCUGAGGGACGGGAGGGACGGGUGGCCUUCGGCGACGUCUUCGAACUGGCCAUCAGCAACGAUGACCCAGAUUCCUUGAUCCAGUUCCAAGUUUGGACCACGGAUUAUCGGAACCGUGGCACCCUGCGUGGCCGCGUGGAUGUGCCGCUCUAUGCGGUGGGGCGUAAGGGGCAGCGGGAGAUGCAGCUCUUGCUGAAGGAUGUGUACAGACCCAAGGGCGAGAGCUGCGCCGUGGGAUACCUGAAGGCCUGGUUAAGCUUCGACCAAAGCAUCUCCGCGCUGCUGUUGCCACGACCCACUAGGCCGCCCCUGGCAGCCUGGCAGACGGUGGGGACGGACAAAAGCAUCCGAGAGCAGAUCAAGGAGUUGGAAGCCUUCAUGCAGCAGUUCGAGGUUUUCUCGAGCCGCUUCAUGUACCAUUGCGACGUGUCAAGAGGUCUCUCUCUGGAAUACAAGCGCAUCGUGCAGUGGGAUGCGCCGCUUCUCACAGUCUUUUGCUUGCUGGCACUCACAGUUCUCAUCGGUUUCUUCCAUGAAUACACCCUGCCUGUUGCGGUGCUCAUCCUCUUGGGGGUCAUCUUCUGGUACCACCCAGCGGCUCGGGCGGACGACUUGGCCGAGCUCUCCGAGCUUCAGGACCAGCCCCAAAGCGUUCGGAUGUUGUCAGGUCUGAACCCAGCCCAGAGCAAAGGGGCCUCCGAAGCAGAUGAUACGGAGGUCAAGGAGCGCUACGAGAACGAGCGUCGACUAGUGCUUGGCAGGUUUACCUCGAAACGGCUUCGUCUAUGGGAUCCUCCUGCAUGGAGUGAAAGCUCCGGUCGCCGCGCCGAGCCCCCGAAGCCUUAUGAGGACGGCGAGCCGGUGGAGUUGAAGAUCAACUUUCGCCCGGACAUUGGUGGCUCCAAGCCAACGACAGGGAAACCCUUGCUCCUACAUCUCACCGGGGAAUCGAUCCGCAGCGAGGUGGCGUUGCCCCCGGCCUUCUUCCAACUGUCAGUGGAGGCCUUGAAGGCUGCGGUUUGCAGCCUGGCGUUGCUUUCGCGACGUGGGCUAGGGAUGUCAGCGGCUGUUUGGAGUGGCUGGUGGCACACAGCUUCUUUUGCAUUGCCAGCUGCAGUGUAUCUGCUGAUGAACGUUUUGACUGUAGCCGCAGCCAGAAUGUUGCAUCCUCCCAUGCUGCAACUGGUGGCCUCCAUCAAGAUUCUUUUCACGGCCGUGGCCUCUCGCAUGCUGAUGUCCAAGAAGCUACACACUUCACAGUGGCUUGCUCUCCUUCUAUUGACGGCUGGUGUGGCCAUUGGCGGCCGCGGCAAUGGCACCUCGGAUGAUGGCCGUGAGUUUCCACAGGCACCACUCUUGGGCAUUGUGUUGAUGCUGAUCAACUGCAUGCUCUCCUCGCUCGGCGGCGUCUGCACAGAGAUGGCUCUGAAGCAUCGCAGCAGCGCGGAGCUCACGAUUUUCGCCACCAAUUUGCACAUGGCUCUCCACAGCCUGCUGCUGAAUGGUUCAGCGUUGCUGCUGGUGCCAGGGGAGGAGCGUCCUCACCCCGAGUUCCUGCGCGCGUCAGAUGCUUUGGCACUUGGUAACGAGGCGCUGAACGGCAUCCUCAUCUCUCUGCUGAUGAGACGCAUCGAUGCAAUUGCGAAGAACUACGUCUUCAGCGUGUCCAUCUUCACCACUGCUGGAAUGACUGCCAUGAUCCUGCGACAUUGGCCCUCCUGGCAGUUCUACUUGGGCGCCAGCAUUUGUGCCAUGUCCAUGGCCAUCUAUGCACAGGCCCAGGAGAAAGCGAAGGUGGACUCCAAGGAUUUGAUGGGACGACAUGAGUUGCUGAUGACAGCCACUGAUGGACUAAUGCCACGUGGUCGUCGGCGUGCUCUGGGAGCCCUGGGCUUGGCCUGUGGCUGUCUCCUGCUGCUUGCAGAGGAGGAGAACUGUCCCACCUUCGUCCUCUUCCCCGCCCUGCUGGCCGGCUGGUCGCGCUCAGCCGACACGGAGAGGUCAGCCAGGGAUGUGUCGGCAAGCUUUGCGCCUGAAGGGAAGGAGGCAAGGCUUGGCCAAGAGGGCGGCCAAGAGGGAUGGGAGACCGUGGUGAUCUUGUGUGCACUUGGCAUCAUGAUCAGCUAUGCAGAUCGCUCAAACAUUUCCGUAGCCAUCAUUGGAAUGGCCAGAGACUUCCAGUGGGACAAGGCCUUUGAGGGCACAGUCCUUUCGGCCUUCUUUGGAGGCUAUGCCACCACCCAGCUGUUGGGGGGUCAACUGGCAGACUCGUUGGGUGCCAAGUGGAUUCUGGCUGCGGGCCUCAGCUGUUGGUCCCUGGCGACCGCACUGACGCCCCUGGCGGCUGCAAGUGGUGCGGGGCCGUUGCUGGCAACGCGCUUGGCGUUGGGCUUGGGAGAAGGUGUGGCAUUUCCUGCUGUGCACAGUGCCAUUGCGAAGUUGGUGCCGCGGAGUCAGCAAUCCACCGCCGUGGCGCUGGUCACGGCAGCCUCUUAUGCGGGCGCAGGGUUCGCCUUCUUGCUGGUUCCUGGAAUUGUGGAGACCUACGGUUGGCAGGUGUCCUUUUUUGGCUUCGGGGCCUUAGCCUUGCUGUGGCUACCACCCUGGCUCGCCCGAGCUCCUGAAACUGGCAGGUCUUCUGGAGUGGAGCUUUCUGCUUCCCAGCCCAAGAAUGUCAGCAAGACGGUGGAGGAGCUCCUACCGCUCGUGAAGACCCCAGAAGUGCUGGCCAUUUGUGCGGCACAGUAUACCAAUGGCUUCGGGCUCUACGGUCUUCUGAGUUGGCUCCCGAGCUUCUUUUCCGAGCAGUACGGCACGUCUCUGGCGGAACUGCCUGCACUCACCACCGUGCCCUAUGUAUUGCAGGCAGCCGUUGGCCUGGCAGUGGGCGGAUUUGCGGACCGCGCCAUUGCGCGCGGCGUGCCGGUGGCACGGCUGCGGAAGGGCUUGCAGACGGUGGGGAUGAUCGUCCCUGCCAUUGCCUUGCUGCUGGCUGCGUCUCCCAUGACCAAGGAUCCCAAUACUGCUGGGCUGCUGGUUGAUCUGGGCCUCGCUGCCAACGCCUUAACCCUGGGCGCAGUGAGUGUGAACCAUCUGGACAUCGCCCCACGCCAUGCUGGCGCCAUCUUUGGGCUGGGCAACACCUUUGCCACCCUGGCGGGCUUGGUUUCAACGCCCUUGACAGGCGCCAUCUUAGACCGGACGGGCUCUUGGGAGGUUGUCUUUGCCACCAUCACCCUGCACUACGGUUUUGCUGGUCUUGACCCGUGGAAACGGGGGUUUGGUACGGGCAAAACCACCGGUCGCUGUCGCCUGUCAAACUGGUGGAACGAAGUACCUGGUGGCACUGAUUGCUUGGCUCAGAGGACAAAGGAUGCCUUUGAGACCAAUAUGAAAACGGCAAACAUCCCGCUGCUGGAGACAUGGGAGAGCUACGAAGCAUCGCUGCCGGUGAGAGAAGGCAGUUGUGGAGUUUGCAAGCUCUACUUACGACCCUAUUUGUGUCGAAGCAAAGAGUUGGAUGUCGCAGUGAGCCGCUUAGAACACGCAACUGAGGAUAGAGACCGAGUGGCUUACCUUUCAGCUCCAACCAAGCGUGGCAAGUCUGCCGCCAUCCUGCCGAUAUUCUGUCGAAGUGUGGAACUGGGGAGCCAGCAUUGUUUCACCCACUACCUCUACAUGCCAUUCGCCAAUAACGGUCACAGCCCAGCGCCGCGUAGCUUGGAGACCGAUGAACUGGAGCGGUCUGGUGCUGACUUCAUGCUCCACUGCUUCAGGAGGCAGAUGAAUGGAACUUAUUCUCGGAGUUCAACAUGGAGUCUCCCUUCACAAAUACCAGACCUUGCAGAUACAGAAGCUAAAUUCCAGGAGGAGAUGGAGAAGUUCUUGCAAAGAAACGCCAGCAACCGCCUUCUCCUCCACAUCGACGAGCACCGCUUCAUGAGCACAUCUCCUGAAUUCAGGCGAGGAGCGCUGCUUUUGGCUGGCUCACUUCCACAGAUGUGUAAGGUGAUUGCCACCUACAUCGAACCGCCGGAUCUAGCCGCACAGGGUUCGUCGCAGGUUUGCCGCUUUCCAAUUGCCAUGAUGCUGGUAGAUGUGAGCCCCUUGUUGACCAGGGACGCUUCAGAUGCUGCGCCUGCCACGGCAGCAGGAUUGCCGAAAAUCAAACUUACUGCCGAAGGCUGGGGUGGCAAGGAAGAACGAUUGCUCGCAACUUUGCGAGUCAAGCUAAGCCUUUUCCUUGUGCACAUUGGUCUUGACCAGCUCCACAUUCCGCAGGAUGAGAAGAGCGACCUGCGCAGAACUUUCAGAAACAUCCAGGACCAGCUUGACAAAGAGGGAAACCUGGAGAGCAAGCUCAUUGGAGCUCUUGGAAGUUUUAGCGUCGCUUUGCCAGAUCUAGAUGAACAGGUCUCAGGAGCAGUGGACUUGUUGUUGGGCAUAAAAGAUGCCCGGGCAGAGGACAGAAGGUAUGCGGGAGUGAUCUCGUUGGACAACCGGAAGCUGACUCUUUCGCUGGAGAGGCUGAUGGCAGUUCAAGAUGCCAGGGAUAAAGCCUCGUCAGUCUUUAGGAACGCCCAAGAAGUAUUCUGCACAUCUCUGAUGGAAUCUGGGAGUUGGUGUGACGGUAUGCUUUUAGAGCGAGCUUAUUUGUGGGCUCUUGCCUGCAAAGCGGCUAAGGAACAGAACGGCUUUAAAUUUGAGAGCAAGCCUCGCAAAUAUAAGUUUCAAUGCAAGGAAAUACGAGACGGAUUGCAACAAAUCGAUGGGAAGAACGCAAGAGUCUUCACAAAGAAGGGAGACCCCUCCAUUGAUGGUAUCCGCUGCAUAGAGGAUGGUGUCAUGUAUCACGCGCUUUCAGAAGGUGGCACGGCUGGCACGCACAAAGGCUUCGACAUUUGGUUCAAGACCGUGCUCUUGGAUGUGACUGGAGCUACGAAUGCAGAAACCUGCAACAAAAAGGCUUCAAAUAUUGCUCAGAAUGUGAACGCAGUGAAGCACACGGUGCAGAACGCGGAAUCGCCGGUAAAAUCAGUUAUUGGCGUUCUUCUUGCUCCAAAUUGCAACAGUCCCAUUGUGGAUGCACGAGAGCAGCGGGACGUUCUGACCAUCCGUGCCGAAUGCUUGAUUGACCUCGUCACUGAAUGA